AUGGGAAGAAAGGUCGUCGGCGUCGGCAAGAAGAACCCACCAAAGCCUUCAGGAGCCAAUAAUGCCCGACUGCGUUCGUCGAAAGCAUUGCUUACUGCCAAAUCAAAUCCUGCUCUAGCAAGCUCCCAAACUCCCGAAUUCAAGCUCGUUCUCAUUGGCGACAGCGGCGUCGGCAAGACGAGCUUUGUCAAGCGCCAUUUGACGGGCGAAUUCGAAAAGACGUUCGUGACAACACACGGUGCCGAAGUCCAUCCCUUACUUUUCCACACCAACCGCGGACCUAUCAAAUUCAAUGUUUGGGACACGGCGGGAACCGAAAAGUUCGGUGGACUUCGCGACGGGUACUACAUCCAGGGACAGUGCGCCAUUAUCAUGUUCGACCUUACUUCCCUCGUUACCUACAAGAGUGUUCCCAAUUACUACAAAGAUCUCACGCGCGUCUGCAUGAACAUUCCCAUUGUGCUCACGGGAAACAAAACGGAUGAAAUCAUAUUCCCCUGUAAAAAGAACAUGCAGUACUACGAAAUCUCCGCUAAAUCCAACUACAACUGUGAAAAACCCUUUCUGUCUUUGGCCCGCCAACUCCUUGGAGACAGUCAGUUGCACUUUGUGGAAGCACCCGCUCUACAGCUGCCGGAAACGCAGAUCGAUGACGUACAGCUGCCGGAAACGCAGAUCGAUGAUGUCACCACACAAAACAGCAAAGCCGAAAUGCUGACCGCCGCCGCCCCCCCUAUUCCGGAAGAUGACGAGAAAACUGUCUAA